AUGGAGGCACGUGACAGCCAGGGGGAGGGGACGUCGAUACCGGCGUCUCCCUCCUCGGCUCUGCUGGGGUACAGUACCAGCCGCCCCUGCGGUGUAUCCGCCCCGAGCAGCAGCACUCCUCCUGCCAGUUCAUCUCCUAUUCUGCGGAAGUCUGACAGUUUAACAUCUCCUGUGCCGGGUUCAUCUGCUGCCGUGGCAGCAGCAGCAGCAGCAGCAGCAGCAGCGGGAGCAGCAGCAGGAGCAUCACCACCACCAACAGCAACAGGAGGAGGAGGUGGUGGUGGUGGUGGUGGUGGAGGAGGAGCAGUUCCUUGCAGCAGCAGCAGCGCCGGCAAGGAAGAUGAUCGCCGCCGAGAGUUUCAGCGUAUAAAGACUGUUUCUUUUGCAAACUUGGAUAACGUAGGAGGCGGUGUGAGUAGUCCUGCUGCUGAGGGAGAUAGUGCAGCAGGAGAUUCUGCUUUUUCUGGUGUACGGUUAGAGGGGGUUUCAUCACCAGGCCAACCCCUUACAGAUGAUGAGACAGAGCACCGCAGUUUGGUGACGAUGUGGGGUGUAUGGAACGGUGUUGCGAGUUACCGGCUGGAGGCACAGCUAGACGACAAAGAUGAAUUUCGUUCAACAGAAGAAAGCACAGCUCUUGAGGCGUGUACAGCGAUGAGCUAUUUGUAUGGUUUGCUUCCUGUUGUUAUCAUUGAUGUUGUUCUACCCUCCAGGUAA